CAGGAGGGCCCCGAGGAGAUGGCGCCGGUGAAGGCCGAGAAGGGCGACGGCGACGCCAGCAGCACCAGCAGCGGCGCCGAGGCCCAGGAGUCGCAGCCGUCGCCGCUGGCGCUGCUGGCGGCCACGUGCAGCCGCAUCGAGUCUCCCACGGAGAAUUCGGAGGGCUCGCAGGGCGCGGCGGGCGGCGCGGGCGAGCUGGACCUGUCGGCGGCGGCCGCGCAGCUGGCGCCCUCGCCCAACGGCUGGCAGCUCCUGGCCGGCGGCUCCGGCACGCCGACCCCGUCCAAGGAUGCCGGCGGCGACGCCAAGAGCCGCCCCGUCAGCGCCGGGCCCUACGUGGUGGCCGCCUCCAACCUGCAGAACCAGCAGGUGCUGGCGGGGCUGCCGGGGGUGCUGCCCAACAUCCAGUACCAGGUGAUCCCGCAGUUCCAGACGCUCGACGGGCAGCAGCUGCAGUUCGCGGCGGCCGCGGCGCCGGCGCCGGCGACGCAGGUCAACGUGCAGCAGGACGCGGCGGGGCAGCUGCAGCUGGUGCCCGGCGCCAACCAGCAGCUGCUGGCGGGGCGCGCGGGCGCCGGCAACCUGCUGGCCAUGCCCAACCUGCUGCAGCCGGCCGUGCCGCUGCAGGGCGUGGGGCUGCCGGGCAGCGCGCAGUACGUGGCCAACGUGCCCGUGGCGCUCAACGGCAACAUCACCCUGCUGCCCGUGAGCAGCGUGGCGGGCGCCGCGGCGGCGCCGCUGCCCGGCGCGCAGCAGAAGGAGGGCGAUGCGGCCGCGCAGCAGCAGCAGCAACAGCUCCUGCUGCAGCCGCAGCUGGUGCAGGGCGGGCAGGCGCUGCAGGCGCUGCAGCCGGCGCCGCUGGCGGGCCAGAGCUUUGCCGGGCAGGCCCUGGCGCAGGACGCGCUGCAGAACCUGCAGCUGCAGGCGCUGCCCAACUCGGGGCCCAUCCUCAUCCGCACGCCCACGGUGGGGCCCAACGGGCAGGUGAGCUGGCAGACCAUCCAGCUGCAGAACGUGCAGGUGCAGAACGCGCAGGCGCAGACUAUCACGCUGGCCCCCGUGCAGGGGGUGUCGCUGGCGCCCACGGGCGCCACCAGCACCACGCUGGCCCCCAUCGCCUCGCUGCCCGGCGGCACCGUCACCGUCAACGCGGCGCAGCUCUCCUCCGUGCCCGGCCUCCAGACCAUCAACCUCAGUGCCUUGGGAGCGUCCGGCAUCCAGGUGCACCAGCUGCAGGGGCUGCCGCUGGCCAUCGCCAACACCGCCGGGGAGCCCGGCGGCGCGCUGGGGCUGCCCGGCGGCGGCGGCGGCGGCGACGAGGAGAGCGCGGCCGCCGAGGACGGCGACGGCAGCCCGGAGCCGCAGGCGCCGCAGAGCCGCAAGGUGCGGCGCGAGGCCUGCACCUGCCCCUACUGCAAGGACAACGAGGGGAGGAGCACCAGCGACCCCGGCAAGAAGAAGCAGCACAUCUGCCACAUCCCGGGCUGCGGCAAGGUGUACGGCAAGACGUCGCACCUGCGCGCCCACCUGCGCUGGCACACGGGCGAGCGCCCCUUCGAGUGCACCUGGGUGCUCUGCGGCAAGCGCUUCACCCGCUCCGACGAGCUGCAGCGGCACAAGCGCACGCACACCGGUAGCCUUCGACGCCAUCAUGCCUUGAAAAGUCGGGAUGAGCGGAGACGGGAGCGCCCCGUCGGAAAGGCGGCUGUGGAUGAGCUGGAGGUUAGAGCUGGAAAAGGCACCGGAAAGCGGGAGCAGGCGCAGUCCGCGGUGAUCCCUGUGGAUCCCCGAUCCAGGUGGGAGUUGGGAACGGGGAUCCCGCUCCAUGUGCACCUGGAGCUGCCGACUCCGGCUCCGGGCUCCAGCGCAGGAGUCCCGGAGCCCGGGCGGAUGCAGAACCGCAUCCGGAACGGUUGA